GUUUCAUACGCUUUCCAAAAACCCUAUCUUUUGCUUCCACAUCCCUCCACUUUCCCCCCCUCUCUCUCUCGACUCUGCUCUCAAAACAUUUCCUGAAGACAGAGAGACCCAGUAAAUCCAAUCCAGCUUCUGGGUCUUCACUGUCCAAUCAAACAACAUCAAAGGAGUGAAUUUGUUAUUUGUAAGUAGCCCUUUUCUCUAUCAAUCUGGUUCAUUGUUUGUUUGAAAGAAUCUCAAAUUCACCCAAACAAACUUUAUUUGAUCAAACUUUAAGAUUGCUAUUUGUUAGUUCAAGGUUGUAAUUUUUAGUGGGGGUGAGAUAAUUAUAUGGGGAAAUCUGGUGGUAGAAAAAAGAAGGGCGGUGUUAACCAAAACCAAGUUUCGGGAGAUAACAAUCCAAUCCGAAAUGCUAACGGUGGUGUUGAUUUGGACUCAUCAUCCAUUUUCCUGAAAAGAGCUCAUGAGCUCAAAGAAGAAGGAAACAGAAGGUUUCAAGCCAAAGACUAUGGUGGUGCACUUGAACAAUAUGAUAGUGCCCUUAAACUCACCCCCAAAAUCCACCCAGACCGGGCGGUGUUCCAUAGCAAUAGGGCGGCUUGUUUGAUGCAAAUGAAGCCCAUAGACUAUGAAACUGUGAUUGCUGAGUGUACUAUGGCGCUUCAGGUUCAGCCCCAGUUUGUUCGGGCCCUUCUUCGGAGGGCUCGGGCAUUUGAGGCAAUAGGAAAGUAUGAAAUGGCGAUGCAAGAUGUGCAAGCACUGUUGAGUGCUGAUCCGAAUCAUGGGGAUGCACUGGAGAUUUCUGGGCGAUUAAGAACUGCACUCGGGCCUCGCCAGGAGGCUCAGCAGGACCUUCAGAGCCGCCCGUCGCCAGCAGCCCUUGGGGCAUCUGCCGUACGUGGUGCCCCAAUCGCUGGCCUUGGACCGUGUUUACCAGCUCGGCCGGUGCCAAAGAAGGCAGCGGCCUCAGCUGUGGGAUCAAUUGGAUCGCCUAAUAAUGAACCAGAUAAGCCCAAACCAAUUCUACCCACUGAAAAUCGCCAUGAGGUCAGAACCCAAUUGCCAAAAGUUGUUUUGAAGCCUUCAAAUGGCUCUUCCAGACCCAAUGCCAAUCCAAGUAAGGAUAACCAAAGGGAACAUCCAUCAUCUUCAUCAGUAUCAUUGCCCAUUCACAGCCACGCUUCUACAACUGUAGUUCGAUGGAGACCAUUGAAGCUUGUUUAUGAUCAUGACAUAAGGCUUUCUCAGAUGCCAGUAAAUUGUGGUUUUAGGGUGUUGAGGGAGAUGGUUAGCAAACGCUUUCCGUCAUCAAAAUCAGUUUUGAUCAAGUACAAGGAUAGUGAUGGUGACUUGGUGACUAUAACGUGUACUGGUGAACUCAGAUUGGCAGAGUCCUAUGUCGACAGCCUUAUGCCAAAAGAACCUGAAACAGAUAAGUCCGACUCAAUUGGGAUGUUGAGAUUGCAUAUUGUUGAGGUGAGUCCUGAGCAGGAGCCACUUUUAUUGGAAGAAGAGGAAGAGAUUCCUCUUGAGAACGAGGAGGUCAAGGUAGAUGACAGUGGAUCCCAUACUUCAGUUGGUGACUCUUUAUUGGAAACUGCGGGUGCUGAGAUUGAUAAGACAGAGAAAGAAUCUCCAAAGGAGAAAUCAGGAGCUGGAGAAGAUCCUGAGUGCAAGGAAGUGGAGAUGGAUGAUUGGUUAUUCGAGUUUGCUCAAUUGUUCCGGACUCAUGUUGGUAUUGACCCAGAUGCCCAUAUUGAUCUGCAUGAACUUGGAAUGGAACUGUGUUCUGAAGCCCUUGAAGAGACUGUGACCAGUGAAGACGCUCAAAGCCUUUUUGACAAAGCCGCCUUAAAGUUCCAGGAGGUGGCUGCAUUGGCUUUCUUCAAUUGGGGCAAUGUUCAUAUGUGCGCAGCAAGAAAACGUAUUCCGGUAGAUGACUCUGCAGCAAAGGAGUUAGUCGCAACGCAACUUCAAUCGGCUUAUGGCUGGGUAAAGGAAAAAUAUUCUCUGGCCAGAGAGAAGUAUGAGGAGGCUCUUUUGAUUAAACCGGACUUUUAUGAGGGGUUACUGGCAUUGGGGCAGCAGCAAUUUGAAAUGGCAAAGCUUCAGUGGUCAUUUGUACUUGCUAAAAAAGAUGAUCUUUCAAAAUGGGAUCCUACCGAAACGAUUAAACUUUUUGACAGUGCAGAGGAGAAAAUGAGAGCUGCAACUGAGAUGUGGGAAAAGCUAGAGGAGCAGAGAGCUAAUGAGUUAAAAGAUCCAAGUGCAAGCAAGAGGGAAGAAUUGCUAAAAAGAAAGAAGAAACAAGGAAGCGGUACUGAAGGCGAGUCCUCUACAAUUGGUGGUCAAGGAGAGAUUUCAGCUGAUGAAGCUGCAGAACAAGCAGCCGUGAUGAGAUCACAGAUACAUUUAUUCUGGGGUAACAUGCUUUUUGAGCGUUCCCAAGUUGAAUGUAAGCUAGGAUUGAGCGGUUGGAGGAAGAACCUAGCUGCUGCUGUUGAGCGAUUUAAGCUUGCCGGAGCUUCUGAGGCUGACAUUUCAACUGUUUUGAAGAAUCAUUUCUCUAACGGGGAUGCUGUGGAAGGGGAUACGAGAAAGGUUGAGAAUCUAAGUACUGAUAUGGCUAAUGAAGCAGAUACUGAGACUGAUGUCAAGCCAGUAUCAGAGGAUUGAUGUAUUGGAUGACAUGGUGUCUUUAAUUGAUUACUAUUGUAUUUUGUCCUCAUUGAUGAGUUUGAGCUGGAGAAAAAGGUGCGUUUUUCCCAAAGUAGGGUUUUUUGUUUUAUUUUUCAUUUUCCCUCUUCUUAGAAACAAAAUUAGGUGCCAACAUUGUGCUGCUGUGUACUCACUCAGAAGGUUACAGGUUUCAUUUUCCCCUGGUAACUGUCAUCACAUUGUUUUUACUAUACUGAUGAGUCUUUUGCUUGACCAAUAUGAAGUGCUUAUGGUCUGAUUUAUGGCUAAAUGCAAUUUGGUUUAUUGAUGCA